CCCACUACCGCUAUCAUUACUACUAGCCUCAACAUAGCUUGCGAAAAGCACUUAGAUAUUAGAUAGCCAUGUCCCCCAUCCCUCUCUUCCCACAACCAUAUGCAUAAUGGCUUCAACCCAGAGUGCCCAGUCUGACCUAACAUCGUCCCGACACAAUCUCGCUCCACCAACACUGGACGGCAUUGAACUAUUUCAGCACAAUGAGAAUGACGCUCCCCACAACGAGGCAGCAUUUUCUCUGCCACCUACCGAUGGAGGCAAGGAUGCCUGGCUCUGUCUGUUCGGCUGUUUCAUGCUUGAGGCAAUGAUCUGGGGGUUUCCCUCCUGCUAUGGUGUGUUCCAAGAAUACUAUGCAACCAGUGAUGAGUUUGCUGGACAGAGAAACAUUGCAGUUGUGGGCGCUUGCGCAAUGGGCAUCAUGUACAUGGACAUCAUGUUGUGGUUCGCUGUGCUCAAAUACUUCCCCAGAUUCCGCCGCUAUGCGACUCCGGCUGGUCUGGUCGUCGUCUGUCUUGCACUUGGCCUUGGGUCCCUGUCGACGACUGUCACCCACCUUAUUGUCACUCAGGGAAUUCUGUACGCACUGGGCGGUGGUUUAGCAUGGACUCCCAUUCUCUUCAACAUUGAAGAGUGGUGGGUUCGUCGUCGAGGAUUCGCAUACGGGGCGACUAUGGCUGGUCUCGGAUUGAGCGGUGCCAUUCUUCCCUUAAUCUUGGAAUGGCUCCUGCAGUCUUAUGGCUUCCGAACAACCCUCAGGGUCUGCGCCCUCAGUUUUGUCGCUCUGAAUUUCCCAAUCAUCUUCUUCUUCAAGCCGCGCCUCCCGCUGUCCCAAACUUCGCAGUCCAGAAGCUUCGACUUGUCUUUCUGGACCUGCUCAAAUUAUCUCAUCCUGCAGUCUGGCAAUGUCAUCCAAAGCCUUGGUUUCUUCCUUCCUGCAAUAUACCUUCCCACCUUUGCUCGCUCCAUUGGCGCAAGCACUGUUCAAGGCACUGUCACCAUCAUACUUGUCAACGCAGCAGCAUUUGUUGGGUCUCUAUGUAUGGGCUUGGCCACUGACAAAUACCACGUGACCAACUGUCUGCUGGUCUCUGCACUCGGCUCAGCUGUCGGCAGUUUCUUAAUCUGGGGUUUCUCCACAUCAUUAGCACCCCUGUACAUCUUUUGCGUCAUCUACGGGGCGUUUGCUGGAUGCCAGUCGAGUGCCUGGAGUGCCAUUGUUGCCGAUACACAAAAGAAAAGAAGGGGUGCAGACUCUGGCUUCGUAUGGGCCUGUCUCUCCGCUGGAAAAGGUGUUGGCAACCUAUGCAGCGGCCCGCUAUCGGAAGCGUUGUUACAUGCUGGCAAUUGGAGUGCAGGCUUUGCUUAUGGUAGCGGUUAUGGCGCAUUGAUUGCUUUUACUGGAGUGACAGCACUUUUGAGCGGAUGGGGGUAUGCGGCCAGGCGAAUUGGAUGGAUUUGAAAUAAUUGUCUGGAGUUCAACAUUGCGCAUUGUGCAUUAUGGUGCCGAGGCUUGUGUGCGAUUUGCAAUGUUGUAUCACACUCAUUAAGAAUUGCGCGAGGAUGUAGAGUAGAAGACGAGAGAAUCGUUCGAUAGAGAAUCCAAGAAGGCGUUUGUCACAGAAGGUACAUGGUGGUUAGGUGGUUGCGCCAAUGAACUUCGUUACAGGUUGGUCUUGGCAAGGAAUAUACGCG